GCCAUGGAGGGCUCGGCGGGCGGAGGGUCCGGCGGGGCGGCAGCGGGCAGGCGCUGGUACUUCACCCGGGAGCAGCUGGACCGCAGCCCUUCUCGCCGCGCCGGGCUCGACCCCGACAAAGAACUUUCGUACCGGCAACAAGCGGCGAACCUGCUGCAGGACAUGGGGCAGCGGCUCAACGUCUCCCAGCUCACCAUCAACACGGCCAUCGUCUACAUGCACCGGUUCUACAUGGUGCAGUCCUUCACCCAGUUCCACAGGAAUUCAGUGGUGCCAGCAGCUCUGUUCCUGGCAGCCAAGGUGGAGGAGCAGCCCCGCAAGCUGGAGCAUGUGAUUAAGGUAGCACAUGCCUGUCUGCACCCCCUGGAAACUCCUCUGGAGACCAAAAGUGAGGCUUACCUGCAGCAAGCACAAGACCUGGUCAUUCUAGAGAGCAUAAUACUGCAGACCCUGGGUUUUGAGAUCACCAUCGACCACCCUCACACCCACGUGGUGAAGUGCACCCAGCUCGUGCGAGCCAGCAAGGACUUGGCUCAGACUUCCUAUUUCAUGGCUACCAACAGCCUGCACUUGACCACCUUCAGCCUGCAGUACACCCCCCCAGUCGUGGCCUGUGUCUGCAUCCACCUGGCUUGUAAAUGGUCCAACUGGGAGAUCCCAGUCUCCACGGAUGGGAAGCACUGGUGGGAAUAUGUUGAUGGCACUGUGACUCUGGAGCUCUUGGAUGAACUGACCCACGAAUUCCUGCAGAUCCUGGAGAAGACUCCAAACAGGCUCAAACGCAUCCGGAACUGGAGGGCUUCCCAAGCAGCCAGGAAAUCAAAAGCUGAUGACCACGGGGAGGAUGAGAGCCUCUCAGAACAAACCAUCCUCAACAUGAUCUCCAGGAACAACAGCUCAGACAUGAACAUUGCUGGCUUGAUGAGCAUGUCCACCUCUUCCACCUCGGGAGCAGGAACCUCACUCUCAACCACUGGAGAUUCUCCCAGUGACCCCAGCACCACAGAACUCUCCCAGUCUGACCAUUGGCAUCCUCCAGCCAAACUGGAAAUCAGCCAGAGCCACAGGACUAACGAGAGCUCUGCAGCAGCUGAGAACCCAACCCAGCAGGAGGGGCCUGCUUAUCAAAAACAGAGUGGGAAAAACGCCCCAGCAGCCAAAGUGUCCCUCAAGGAAUACAGGGCCAAGCACGCCGAGGAACUGGCAGCCCAGAAAAGGCAACUGGAGAACAUGGAAGCCAACGUCAGGUCCCAGUAUGCCUACGCUGCCCAGAACCUCCUGGUCCAGCAACAACGGGAGAGGGAAAUCCAACAAGACCCCACCAACCCUUCUCCCCUCAUCCUCAAAAUCCCCAUCGCUGGUUCAGAGAACCCAGAACGUCCUCCAGGGCCUGAAAAAAGUGACAAAACAGCUCUGAAACUGAGGAUCCCGGUGGCAGGAGGGGGUGGUUCGGAAAGGCCCCUCCCUUCCAAGCAGGAGGAGAUCAAAAUGAGGAUUAAAGUGCCCACCCCCGCCGAGAGACACUGCCCCUCGGAGGAGAGCAGCACCAAAGCCCGGGAGCACAAGGAAAAAUACAAAGCUCACUCUUCCUCCAACCAUCAUCAUCAUCACCACAACCACCACUCACACAAACACUUGCACCCCCAGCUCGGCGCCGGCCCCAGCAGCAGCAGCAGCAGCAGCAGCGUGGCCACCAAACGCCCCGGAGACUCCAAACACAGUAGCCAACCCCUGGCCACCUCCCACAAAAGCCACGGGCCCCUCCUCACCUCCCGCAAGAGGCCACUCCCCGAGGAGGUGGCGGCCACCACGGCGACCCACGAGCACCAACCUAAACUCGGCAAAACCUCCAAAGGGCCCGGGGUUCCUUUUCCUUAUCCCCACCUGCCCGGGCACGGCUCGGAACCGGGGAAUCUUCCUUUAUCCCAGGUCAACAAAACCCGGGGAACCCACGGCAAAUCGGACAAGGGCCCCACGGGGGCAAACGGGCACAACCCCCCCCAAGCCAGUGACUACCAGGACACGGUGAAUCUCCUGCACUCGCUGCUCAGCGCCCAGGGGAUGCAGCCCACCCCCACCCACGGCUUCGAAUUCCACACUUACAGCGAUCUCCUGAUCCCUCCUCCCCCCCCCCAGGCAUCCACCAGCGCCAGAGCCCCCCCCCCAAACACGGACAAGCCCCGACCGCCCCCUCUGCCUUCAGAACCGCCCCCUCCCCUCCCUCCCCUCCCCAAAUAAAGCCCCCUUUUUACUACUGAGUUUAUACAGAGCCCAAACCCCAAACUUUGGGGAGGGGGGGUGGAAACGUUGCCCCCACCCGGGGGGGGUGUGUGUGUGAAAGGGCUGGUUCCAUCUCCACUGCCUCACGACAA